UAAAGCUUCGGCAUAAUCCGCACACUGGGAGGUAAAUUCAGAGCAAGAACUACUCUACAAAUAACAUUUUGCUCACAACUUGCUGUGUUUUGGACCACGCAUACACCAUUAAGUAAGAGAGGAAGAGUUGAGAAAUUUCAGAUUUGGGAUUUAAAAUAGCUGCAUAUUACAAAAACAUUUUGUAAGUGACUCCGGAAUAGUUUCCCUCAUCAUCAGGAACAUAAAGGAGCAAAAAAGGGAAGAAUCAUGAAAAAGGGAAAGCAGGUAGCAGAGGGCAAUGAGCCCCCCAGCUAUCAGGAGGCAACAGCAGGCUAUGAGGAGAUGCAGGCUCAAUUCGCCUGGGAUGAGAAGGUCAUCAGGCAGACCUUCAUCAGGAAGGUCUAUGCCAUUCUCAUGGUUCAGCUGCUGGUGACUGUGGCAAUUGUUGGUCUUUUCACAUUUUGCGAACCGGUGACGUUUUAUAUUCAGACUCAUCCCAACUUGUACAUGAUGUCUUAUCUCAUGUUCUUCAUCACUUACAUUGCACUGUCCUGCUGUGGAGAUCUGAGGAGGCAGUUUCCCUGGAACAUCAUCCUGUUAGUUCUCUUUACUGUGAGCAUGGCCUUCAUGAUGGGAUUUGUGUCGAGCUUUUACAACACCAAAUCAGUGGUGCUGUGCCUGGGGAUCACAGCUCUGGUGUGUCUGUCUGUCACCAUCUUCAGCUUCCAGAGCAAGGUGGAUGUCACAUCCUGUCAGGGCGUCCUGUUUUCUCUGUGCAUGGUCAUGCUCUUUUGUGCCAUCACCAUCUCCAUCGUCGUCCCCUUUGGAUAUGUUCCCUGGUUACAUGCUGUUUAUGCUGUGACAGGAGCCAUCCUAUUUACUCUGUUCCUGGCAUUUGACACUCAGAUGCUAUUAGGAAACAAACGCUACGCCAUUAGUCCAGAGGAAUAUAUUUUUGCCGCCCUCAGCAUCUACUUGGACGUCAUCUACCUGUUUAGCUUCCUGCUAGAGAUCACAGGAGAAGGCCGCGAGUGAACAAUCCGCACUCUAACUGAACUCUCAAAUGAACUUGGAUUUGUUACUCUCAAACUCAAAAUAUCAAGGAUAUAAGGUUUCUGAAGAAUCACUAUGUUAUAUGUUCCUUAUAUAUACGCAUCAAAACUAUACAAGGAAGUGAGAAUCUGCUGGUUCUUUGCUUAUGGUUAUGUAAAUCUUGUCUGUACAAUCCUGCUACCGGUUUUGUCCUGACAUUGCCAAUAUCCGUCUCAUGCCUCACUGUAGUUGUUCACUGUGCUCCGGCCAUUCCUGUUAGUCUGGUUUUGUAUUACAGACGGGGUCCUUUGCGACCCCCACCACCCCACAGUGUGUGUUUAAACAGUCAUUAGGCUCAUGAAUGGAUAAAAGCAGCCAUAGUCACAGAGUUGAGUGUGAUCAGUUUCCUUGGCCGCGUUACUGUUUAUCUAUCACUGAGCCAAAAAUGAAGAUUUGGGAAAUCUGCACUUUCAAGCUCAGCAGGGUUGAGUUUGUUUUAUACUUGUUUUUUUAACGCACAGCUUUGAUGUUUUACUGUGUGUGUCACCUGAACCAGCAGAUUUCAGCUAACUUCCAGACUUAAGACUGAAGGCAACAAAGUCCAACAAUAAAGGGAAAACGUGUGUAGCUGCAUAUAAGUCAUUUAGAGAUCAUGUGGCCUUUGGGAUGUGUCCGAAAAUUUUUAAGCAUAGCUAGUAACACUGAUGACCAGGAUGUGAGCAUUAGAAAUGUUUUAUCUGUAUAGUUAAAAAAAAAAAAAACUGGAUACAACAUGUUAAUAUUUUUUUAAGGACAACGAGUUGUAGAUGUUUAAUCCUGUCAUGAUUAAAAUAAAACCAA